UCGGCUCCGCGCGCUCUGCGGGCGCUGUCGCGUCUCUACGGCGAUCCUGGUGGCUCUGACUCUUCGCUGAAGCGCUCCGGGAUGCUCUCUCUCCUUUCUAAGGCGCUCUCCUACUUCUGGAGACGCGCAGAUGACGAAGAUGAAAGAUGGACGAACUCUGGUGAUAAAGAAUUAAAAAGGGUACAAGGAGUAGUGACAAGGCUUUGCUAUGAUUAUGGGAUGAUAGACGACAUGAUAGUCUUCACAAAGGAUGUUACAAAAAACAUGCUGCUGGCUGUUGGACAAGAAGUUAUUGCCACUGUGGAAGAGGAUAAAACAUCAGGUGGCCUGAAGGCUGUCAAGGUAGACACCAUCCAGAAUACACAAGAAGACUCCAGUCCUACUUACGAUGCCUCUGAACUAAAUAAAAAAACAUUAAUUGGCAGUAUUACCUCUCUCUCUGAGGAUGGUGGCUAUAUUAACGAGAAUACUUACUUCGCAAUGCAAGAUGUCUGGGAAGAUUUCAAACCUUAUGAAGGUGACUGGGUGCAAGCAAAAUAUUAUAUUAAUUCAAAAACAUGGAAGAGUGAAGCAGUUGAUGUAAGGCCUUUGAGGUAUAAACAAGUAAAUAAGGUUCGCAUUUCCAACAUCUGUGGAAGAACUGGGACAGUAGAUGACAGUAUAUUUUUCACUUUGGAUUCACUGAGACUUCCUGAUGGUUACUUACCUCGUAGACGUGAUCUAGUGAACACUAUUGUGGUGGAGAGCAGUCAAUCCUGUUACAUUUGGAGAGCUCUCUGCUUGGUGCCAGUCAGCCAGGAUGGACAAUCUCACUCUAGUGAAGGUAAUGUGAAUGAGCCUUAUGAAGAAAUAAUGAGAGACAAAGGAGAGUUGAAAAUAUCGAGAAUGACUGACUUUGGAACUCUGAAGCAGGGAGAAUCUAAAAGAAUGAUUGUUUGGAUAGAGAAUAAAGGGAGCAUACCACAGACCUUAAUCAGUUGCAGAUUAGCUGGAUGGGUGAAAGACAAACAAUUCAGUGUUGAGAUUCCCCAAAAAUGUGAGAACAGCCCACCUUUUCCAAUAAAUCAAGAAAACGUCUCAAAAGCUGCAAUUAAUUCAUUUAACAACUGUGAAGGAGCAACAUGUGAGUCAUUGAACAGUACAUGCAUUACGGAGAAUGGAAUCAUUCCAGAAGAAAUUACUUUUCAAGAUACAAAUUUAUCAAGGACAAAGGAAAACAAUUCCUUGGUGAAAGAUGAAAAUAUUCAAAAUGGAGAAAGUGAGCAGGAAGACCAUAUGGAGCAACCAGUUAAGCACAGCAAUAUUAAUCCAGAAAUUGUGAUAUCACCAGGUGAAAAAAUAUUCAUAGUGAUUAUAUGCACAGCAGUGACUCAUGGACACAGUAAAGAGCUCCUGUUGCUUGGCUUUUCUGAUUUUACUGUUGGCCGCUAUAUUGAAGCCACUGUAACAUAUGAAGAAGAAUUACUUAUAGCACCUGUACAACCUUAUUCUUCAAGAAAGCCUAAAAUAAUUCCAGAUUCUCAACCAAAGAAGACAACAGUGGCUGGCCCUAAACUCAAAAGAAAUAAGAGAAGGUGGUGUUCAAACUUCCUUCCACAUUAUACCAUACCAGAUGAGUUAAGAAAAUGUGUUGAACAGCAGUUAGACGUACUGACCUUCCAGCCCCUCCUAGCAGAGCGUCUUAAUCUAGAUAAUUAUAAAGCAAACUUUUCUACUCUUCUGUGGCUUGAAGAGAUUGAAGCAGAAAUGAAUAUAAAAGAUUACUACAUGAGUGGAGUUACUUUAAAAAGGAACGGGAAUUUGUUAGUGCUCGAAGUGCCCGGAGUAGAAGAGGGCAGACCUCGCCUGAUUCCAGGUGACAGGGUGAUACUGAAAAGUCAGGUGUACUCAGGGCAUAUAAUAGAGUACAUUGCGUAUGUCGCUGAGAUAUGUGAUGAAGAUGUUACUCUUAAGGUUAAUGCAGACUUUGAACGGGCUUACAACUUGGAACCCAUGGAUGUGGAAUUUGUUCAUUGCAGUAUUCCUAGCAGGCGAUGCCAGUUGGCCAUUCAGCAAGCUCGCUACCUGGGUGAGAAAGUGUUAUUUCCAGAAAGGCUUGUGUUACAAUCACCACAAACUAUUAAGACCCAGAAUACUACCGAGUAUUGUGCUGUUGAUGAUGGCCUUAAAAAAUCUCCACAGCAGGAAAGUAAGGUCAAAAAAAAGCAGAACAAACAGACAAAAGUUGGUGAAACUGUGACCCCUAAACAGAUAGAUGGUGAAUUUUUCAAUCCUGUGCUGAAUGUGCAACAGAAACUGGCAGUGAAAAGGAUACUGAGUGGUGAAUGUCGCCCAACACCUUAUCUUCUCUUUGGACCACCAGGAACUGGAAAAACAGUAACAGUAAUUGAAGCUAUUUUACAGAUACAUUUUAGUCUCCCAGACAGUCGGAUUUUGGUAUGUGCACCAUCAAACACUGCAACAGAUCUGAUUUGCUUGCGGCUGCAUCAAAGCAAUCUCUUAAAACCAGGAGCUAUGGUCCGAGUUAAUGCUGCUUUCAGGUCAGCAGAGCAAAUUGAUGACAUGGUGAAACCUUACUGCAAAGAUGGUGAUGAUAUACAGAAGGCGUUGUGGUCCAGGAUUGUAAUUACAACAUGCAACAGUGCAGGAUUGUUUUAUCAAACAGAUACACGGCUUGGACAUUUCACUCAUGUGGUUCUGGAUGAGGCAGGUCAAGCAAGUGAACCAGAGAGUCUGAUUCCUAUUGGGUUGAUUUCAGAAGCUGAUGGACAGAUAAUUCUCGUUGGUGAUCCAAAGCAGUUAGGGCCAGUAAUAAAAUCUAAACUUGCAAAGACUUUUGGAUUAAGUGUGUCCUUGCUAGAAAGACUGUCAUCAAGAGAUCUGUAUCUGAGAGAUGAGGAUGCUUUUGGUGCCUGUGGAGCAUACAAUCCUUUGUUGAUCACUAAACUCACAAAGAACUACAGGUCGCAUUCUGCCUUGCUUGCCUUGCCAUCUAAAUUGUUUUAUGAUAAGGAGCUAGAAGUUUGUGCAGAUACUUCAGUAGUAACUUCUUUGUUGAACUGGGGGAGAUUGCCCAGGAAGGGAUUUCCAUUAAUUUUUCAUGGAAUAAGGGGUAAUGAAACGCGUGAAGGUUGCAGUCCCUCGUGGUUUAAUCCAGCUGAAGCAGUUCAAGUAAUGAUGUACUGUUGCCAGUUGGCUAGAAGUGAAUACUCUGCAGUAUCAGUGACAGAUAUUGGAGUGAUAGCACCAUAUCGUAAACAGGUAGAAAAAAUUAGAGUUCUUCUCAGAAACAUUGAUUUGGAAGACAUAAAGGUUGGCACAGUAGAAGAGUUUCAAGGGCAGGAGUACAUGGUUGUCAUCUUAUCAACAGUGCGAUCUCAGAAAGUCGUAAUUGAUGAUGAAAAACACUGUUUGGGCUUUCUCUGUAACCCAAAGAGAUUUAAUGUAGCAAUUACUAGAGCAAAAGCUUUGCUGAUUGUUGUGGGAAAUCCUCACGUUCUUGUGAAAGAUCCGUGUUUUUAUGCUCUGUUAGAAUACAGUUUAAUGAAUAGAGUCUAUAUAGGUUGUGACCUGCCUGCAGAGCUGGAGCACCUGCAGAAGUGUGAGUAGUUUUUUGGUAUUCCAGAUCCAUUCAAGAAUCUGAUAUUCAUCUGUUUUGAAACUAAAAGUACUUGUGAGAAAUCCAGUCCUGAGCAGAUAAAACACUUUCUGUCCUCAGGGAGAAGCAUAUGUUUUGAAAUGGAUAGAGGUUUCUGCAAACAAGAUUUUUUUUUUUUUUAAGAAAUGAAAAAGUUGAAAUUAAUAGUAUAAAAUAGUAGUGGCACCUUAUUAGCUUUUCUGUUUAAAAUGUACAUUAUUGUACCUCUGCAAAGAACAGUAUGCCUGAAUCCUCCAGGCUUCAGGAGAAAACUACUGAAGGACUCCUACAUCAUCUUUUCUGUAUUCUAUGAUUGUUUCAGCUUCUCAAUUUUCUCAGACUUGUGUAAUACCACUUACAGCUGGACUGUCCCAAGAACAUAGAUGUGUGUGUCAUUAUUCUGGGAGCAUUACAGUAAUAUAUCUAGGAUGUGAACUGGAAUGAUACAUUAAAUAUUUCCACUCAACUGAUACUGAGUACCUUAAGCCAAAACCGUCCUUCCAGUUUUUAAGGCCUUUGUAUAUGUAGCUGAGUCUAGCUGUCUGCUGUAUGUAUGUCAGAGCAAUGGUGGGUUAAAGAAAAACGGAAAAUUAAAACUGUGUUUUGCCUUGCUGUAAACGUGCUAUAAAAUAAAGUAUUGUGUUUUAUUUUGGCAGAAUCAAAACA